GUUGGCCAAACUCCUCCGAAGCCGGUUUCAAAACAAAAACAGACUCACGCUUAUCACGACGAAAAAAAUUCAGUCUCGCAGUGACAGUGAAAAGGCGCCAAUCUUAAAAUAAGUGACCUCAAGAGAAAGAAAGCCUGACCCUGCCCUACACAAAACAAAAGCGCGCCCACCUAUUUAUCUGCGAUUUAUUUAGGUCAGGGCCGUACUUACUGCGAUUAUGAUUUUUCAUUUGCCUUGAUCUUAGCAAAUGUUAGGUGUGCUGUAAGUACCAAUUAGUUCGAGGAGCACCGGUGCACAAUUAUUAGAACUCAGUUUUGGUGCGGGUUUGUUCUUCGGUGGAGUGAAGUGCUAGGAAAAAAUGAACGAAGGUGAUAUGCAAUUGGCUAGGGCCUUGGUGGCCGACGAGAGGAUCAAUUCGGAAAAUAGCACUCCAGGAACUAGUCCUACUCCUUUGAAAAAGACAGUGGUUGGAAAAGCUAUCGAAAAAUUGAAUACUUUUCGGAGAACGAGGUCUUUGAACGCUCCGUCACCCAUACAGCAAUUUGGACCAUGUGGACGUAUCAUGAAAAACUCCGCCAUGGUCAUGACGAUCCAGGAUCCGGCCAGCCAGAGAUUGACAUGGUACAAACCGCCCCUUACGGUUUUGGUCAUCAAGAAAGUGAGGGAUGCGUCCGUGCACUUGCCUUUUGUACAGCUGGUCCAGUGGCUUAUCGAAGAGAAACGAAUGCUGGUCUUUGUCGAAGCAGCCGUCCUCGACGAACCCCUCCUAGACCAAUACAACGCCUUCACCACAAUCAAAGACAAACUCAUGACGUUCCGCGACGGCAAAGACGACCUGACCGACAAAAUAGACUUCAUCAUUUGCCUGGGCGGUGACGGUACCCUUCUCUACGCCAGUCACCUCUUUCAACAAUCAGUACCACCAGUAAUGGCGUUCCACUUAGGCUCCCUGGGAUUUUUAACCCCUUUCCAAUUCGACAACUUUCAAGAACAAGUGAACAACGUCUUGGAAGGCAACGCCGCCUUAACCCUGCGAAGCCGCCUUCGCUGCAUCGUGAUGAGGAAAGGCGACGACGAGAAAAAAAGCACCAAACAACCGACAAACCUGUUGGUUCUGAACGAGGUGGUCGUUGACAGAGGCCCUUCGCCUUACCUGUCAAACAUCGAUUUGUUUUUGGACGGGAAGCACAUCACUUCGGUGCAGGGAGACGGCUUGAUUGUCAGUACGCCCACUGGAAGCACAGCCUACGCGGUAGCCGCUGGGGCGUCGAUGAUACACCCGAGCGUGCCGGCGAUCAUGGUCACGCCCAUUUGCCCGCACUCGUUGAGUUUUAGACCAAUCGUGGUGCCGGCCGGUGUGGAGUUAAAGAUAUCGGUCUCGCCCGAUAGUCGGAACACGUCGUGGGUUUCGUUCGAUGGCCGAAAUCGCCAAGAACUUUUGCAUGGUGACAGUCUGAGGGUGACAACGUCUAUUUACCCAGUUCCAAGUAUUUGCGCACAAGACCAGAUUUCGGACUGGUUCGAUUCAUUGGCUGAGUGUCUGCAUUGGAACGUUCGGAAGAGGCAAAAGCACCUCGACGAAUUGACAGAUUUGACGCACUCUAGUUCGAACGAUACUCUGGAUUCGUUGGAACACGCCGAUUUGAUCGAGAAAGAUAGCUAGGGCAUUUGUUUUUUAAGCAAUAUUGUAAUCAAAAUAAUGUUGUCGAAAAGGGAUGGAUUGGGGAACUGAGUCAGUUGUGCCUAAGUGCUAUCAACAGAUUUAGUUUCUAGAUCUCUGUUGUCUCUCUUUUCAAAUGAAAUCGUGAUAAAUUUAUUAGUUUUUAUUUUUGUAUUUUUUAAAACUCAGGUUAGGGUACUUGGUACUUAGUUUCUAGCAGUUUUUUAUUGUUACCGUUUAUAUGUUUUUGUACAUAUAGAGAAGUGCACAUCGAAUAGGACCAAUUGAGCGUGCCAAUUGUAUUUAUUUCCUAUUUAUAGCACGUUUCAGAAGAUUUUAAAAAAAUAUUGUUGGGAUAAAAUAAAAGACGAGUUGCAUUUGUAAUUUUA